AUGAGGGAAAUUUUGCACAUUCAAGGUGGUCAAUGCGGCAACCAGAUGGGAGCCAAGUUCUGGGAGGUUAUAUGCGAUGAACAUGGAAUCGAUGCCUCUGGUGUUUAUCAUGGAAACUCAGAUGUUCAAUUAGAGAGAAUCAACGUUUAUUACAACGAGGCAAGUGGGGGUAGAUACGUUCCUAGAGCUGUUUUAAUGGACCUCGAACCAGGAACCAUGGAUAGCCUGAGAUCAGGCCCGUAUGGCCGCAUUUUCCGGCCUGAUAACUUUGUUUUUGGCCAAAAUGGAGCUGGAAACAACUGGGCAAAAGGGCACUGCACUGAAGGAGCGGAGCUAAUCGAUUCUGUUCUCGAUGUUGUGAGGAAAGAAGCAGAGAACUGUGAUUGCCUCCAAGGUUUUCAGGUAUGCCACUCAUUAGGAGGAGGAACAGGGUCAGGGAUGGGGACUCUAUUAAUCUCAAAGAUCAGAGAGGAAUACCCUGACAGAAUGAUGCUUACCUUCUCUGUAUUCCCUUCACCAAAGGUCUCAGAUACAGUGGUGGAACCAUAUAAUGCUACUCUCUCUGUUCAUCAGCUUGUUGAGAAUGCUGAUGAAUGUAUGGUUCUUGACAAUGAAGCCCUCUACGACAUUUGUUUCAGGACCCUGAAACUGACUACACCUACUUUCGGAGACCUCAACCAUCUAAUCUCUGCAACAAUGAGUGGGUGCACCUGUUGCCUAAGGUUCCCAGGCCAACUGAACUCAGACCUAAGAAAACUGGCUGUGAACUUGAUCCCUUUCCCUCGCCUCCACUUCUUUAUGGUCGGUUUCGCCCCUCUCACCUCUCGUGGCUCCCAAGUAUACCGUUCUCUAACUGUCCCCGAACUCACCCAACAAAUGUGGGAUGCCAAGAAUAUGAUGUGCGCUGCUGACCCACGCCAUGGCCGCUAUCUAACUGCCUCAGCUAUGUUUAGAGGGAAGAUGUCUACGAAAGAGGUUGAUGAACAAAUGCUCAAUGUCCAAAACAAGAACUCAUCUUACUUUGUUGAGUGGAUCCCCCACAAUGUGAAGUCAAGUGUUUGUGAUAUCCCACCAACAGGGUUGAAGAUGGCUUCUACUUUUAUUGGGAAUUCUACUGCCAUUCAGGAGAUGUUUAGGAGGGUGAGUGAGCAGUUCACUGUUAUGUUUAGGAGGAAGGCCUUCUUGCACUGGUAUACAGGUGAGGGCAUGGAUGAGAUGGAGUUCACUGAAGCUGAGAGCAAUAUGAAUGAUUUGGUUUCAGAGUAUCAACAGUAUCAGGACGCAACAGCUGAUGAUGAGGCUGAGUGUGAAGAAGAAGAAGAGGAUGAGAUGUGAGUUGGCAGCAUUGUGAUUUUUUAUGGUACCGCUGGAGUCCCUUUGGUAGAGUACUAGGUAUAUGGCUUUCAUGGCAUUUGUUUGGUAGGACGCUGUGUAUCAAGUUUAUAGAUGAUUUGGUUUGUUGGGUGUAUUGUGGGAGUGCUCUUGGUGUCUGUUGUUGAUGAUAUUGUGGCCAUCAUCUGUGUUAUUGGCCUUGUUUCACUAUGUAAUCUUGGUGUUCAUAAUCCCAUGAAGUUUUGUAAAUUUAACUAUGGUUUUGAAAUGGAAUUGCUAAUAUCAUUA